GCCACCUCCUGGCUGGGUACGCCGUCACGCCGGACCGGACGCAAAAGAAACCGGAACUCCUCAGCCGAGGGUGCCCGUUUCCGGAGGGAGCUUGAAUCCUGACGCGAACGACUGCGACGCCGGGAAGCCGACUUCCGGAGCCUUGUUUUUUCACUGAGUCUCAGGGGCGGGAAAGCAGUGAGAGAGCGGCGGUGGCAGGGAAGUGGCCGCAGCAAUGAGGCAGAAGCACUACCUUGAAACUGCGGCUCGGGGACUACGAGAUAGCUGCCCGGGUCAGGCCCGAUAUCUUCUCUGGGCCUAUGGUUCGUCACACGAUGAUAAUAGCACUUUUGAAGAAACAUGUCCAUACUGUUUCCAGUUGUUGGUUCUGGAUAACUCUCGAGUUCGCCUCAAACCCAAAUCCAAAUUGACACCCAAAAUACAGAAACUUCUUAAUCGAGAAGCAAGAAAUUAUACACUCAGUUCUAAAGAAGCAAAAAUUGUGAAAAAGUACAAAGACUCCAAAAGUGUCUUGUUGGUUACUUGUAAAACAUGCAAUAGAACAGUUAAACAUCAUGGUAAAAGUAGAAGCUUUCUGUCAGCAUUGAAGAGCAAUCCUGCCACUCCUACAAGCAAACUCAGUGUGAAGACACCAGAGGGAAAGACUCUGAAUUCUGCAAACCUAAGUCAUAAUAUGUCUGGUUCCAAAGGCAAGAGCCCAGCAUUGAUUUUCAGAACACCUACAUCUGAACAGUCAGCAUCUACUGGCUCCUCAAAUACUACGAGCAAAACAAAGAAACACUUCUCUCGACUAAAAAUGUUGCUUAGUCAAAAUGAAUCCCAAAAGAAUCCAAAGGUGGACUUCAGAAAUUUCUUAUCUUCUUUGAAGAGUAGUCUUUGAAAAUAAGAAAUGCCUAAUGCAAUUUCUGAAACUAAAAGUUAAUAAAACAACUUUUUAAACAUUUAUUCUUUUAAUA